AUGGGUAAGCGACCUCAGCAGGCGCAGAUGCGACCAGUAUGUAGGCAGUGCGGAAAGGAGCAUGGAGGUAGACCUUGUCAGCUUACAGGCGUUAUUUGUUUUUCUUGUGGUCAGCCUGGACAUAUGGCUAAGGACUGUCCGAAGAAGCCAGUACAAGGAAUAGAUAGGCUGCGACAGCAAGGACGUGUGUUUGCUAUGACUACUGAUGACGCAAUGAAAUCAGACUCCCUAAUUCAAGGUCAGUGUUAUGUCAAAUCUCGACUCUUAACUGUACUAUAUGACUCUGGUGCAUCACAUUCAUUUAUUUUUGAGACUGUUGCGCAUGAGUUGGGAUUAGAUUUCACCAUGUUAGAUUAUAAUCUAAUUAUUCGUACACCCACAUCUCAAAAUGCCUUGACUAGUCAAGUAUGUCAACAGGUGCCUUUUGUUAUUGAGGCUAGGACUUUUAUACAUGACCUGGUUUGUUUGCCUUUGUGUGGUUUAGAUAUUAUCUUAGGUCUAGAUUGGUUGUCCAAGCAUCAUGUUUUUCUUGAUUGUUUUAAACGAAUUGCUACAUUUCCAUCAUCUGAAAUGCACACUGAACCAGUUGAGUCUUGUACUUUCUAUUUGAAUUCCCUAAGAGUUAUUUCUAGUAAUAGUGGGUUAGAGGGUUACGUUCUACUAUCGGCUAGCUCAGAAACUAAUGAACAAGACUUGGAGCAAAUCCGAGUGGUGAAGGAGUUUCCUGAUGUUUUUCCGGAUGAUAUACCUGAGUUUCCACCUUAG